AUGUCCACCGCCGCCGAUUCCUCCUCCAUCGGAGUAUCGGGUGAUGAUGCAGCGGUUAGCUCGCUCUCGCCCAGGAGCAUCGGCAACAACGAUCUGCUCAUCGUUGGGCCGGGCGUGCUCGGCCGGAUCGUCGCCGAGAUGUGGAAACAGGAAUAUCCAGGUUGCAAGGUUUAUGGCCAGACUGCAACCACAGAUCAUCACAGUGAAUUGACUGACAUUGGUAUCAUUCCCUCCUUGAAGGGGUCUGUACCGGGUCCAAAAUUUCCAUAUGUUAUUUUCUGUGCUCCACCAUAUCGUUCAGAGGAUUAUGCUGGAGAUCUGAGAGUAGCAGCUACGAAUUGGAAUGGAGAAGGCUCUUUCCUAUUCACCUCGAGUACUGCCGUGUAUGACUGCAGUGACAAUGGAUUCUGCAGUGAGGAUUCUCCUUGUGUACCGAUUGGUCAGAGCCCUCGUACUGAUGUGCUUCUAAAAGCUGAAAAUGUUGUCCUUGAGGCAGGGGGCUGUGUUCUUAGAACUGAUGCAAUAUUCCUUGACUUCCAUUACAAAUCAGAUCGAGGUCCUCAUGUUUACUGGUUGUCAAAAGGAACCUUGGAUGUGCGUCCUGAUCAUGUACUCAAUCUGAUACAUUAUGAAGAUGCAGCCUCUCUAGCAAUUGCCAUCAUGAAAAAGAGAUUACGGAGCCGCAUCUUUGUGGGCUGUGACAAUGAGCCUCUGUCCAGGCUAGAUAUUAUGGACCGUGUCAACAGAAGCGGGAAAUUUGACACACAGUUUCAGGGCUUCACUGGGACUGAUGGUCCGCUAGGGAAGAGGAUGGAGAACUCCAAAACUCAGGCAGAGCUCGGAUGGCAACCCAAGUAUCCGAGCUUUACAGAGUUCCUUGGUCUCAGCAAUCUCUAA